GUAGUAGCUCGCGCAAUUAGCAAAACAGCACCAGACAACAGCUAAAAAGCGCCCUACUGCGUCAGAUCCGGACUGUGUCGUCUUUGGGCCUUCGCGCGCAUGUGUAGUUCUCUUUACGACUCGACUGGCGAAGAUGGCGGACGCUCAGAACGAGAGGGCUUAUCAGAAGCAGCCCACCAUCUUCCAGAACAAGAAGCGUGUUCUGGUUGCAGAUGGUAAAGACACUGCCAAGGAGAAACUCCCACGCUAUCACAGAAAUGUUGGCUUGGGCUUCAAGACCCCCAGAGAGGCUGUUGAAGGCACUUACAUUGACAAGAAAUGCCCCUUCACCGGAAAUGUGUCCAUCCGUGGUCGUAUUCUCUCAGGUGUUGUGACCAAGAUGAAGAUGCAGAGGACCAUUGUCAUCCGACGGGACUACCUGCAUUACAUCCGCAAGUACAACAGGUUUGAGAAGAGGCACAAGAACAUGUCAGUCCAUCUCUCCCCUUGCUUUAGGGAUGUUACUGUGGGGGACAUCGUCACUGUUGGAGAGUGCAGACCCCUCAGCAAAACCGUACGGUUCAAUGUCCUCAAAGUCACCAAGGCAGCAGGCGCCAAGAAACAGUUCCAGAAGUUUUAAGACAGUAGGGGAUGUUGUCUCAGUCACAAAGGCAGCCGGCGCCAAGAAAACAGUUCCAGAAGUUUUAAGACAUUGUCAAAGGACCUGUUUGUUUGAACCCUUAAAUGUGCUGUAUUUUGAGGGAGAAAUAAAACAUCUUGUCUACAAA